CAUUAAAAGAGAGAGACACAUAGGCCGAAGGACACAACCAGCGGAAUUGGUGUCUUUUGCAAGAUGGAAAUCAUGGCAGAUCCAGAAACUGAUGCCCAAUUCCAAUUCACUGGUAUGAAAAAAUACUUCAGCUCUUACACUCUCACAGGUAGAAUGAAUUGUGUACUGGCCACAUAUGGAGGCAUCGCUUUGAUGGUCUUGUACUUCAAGUUAAGGUCUAAAAAAAAACCCGCUGUGAAAGCAACAUAAACAGAUUUUAAAGUGUACCUCAUCUGUUAAGUUCCCAUGCCUGGAGAAGCUAAUGUCAACUCACCAUGUGGUACUCAAUUUGUACAACAAAUUAUGAAACUGGAAA